AUGGGAUUCAAAAGGAAUACGAGGAAUGAGGCAGUGGAGAUGGUUAGGGUUUAUUUAGGGGAAGCAGUUACUGUUAAUGGGCCGAUGUUUGUUGAGAUGGUUACGAGGAUGGAGAUAAGAGAGAGAGGUGGUGGUCUGUGUAGGAAGAGAGGGGAUGGACAAAAUGAGGGGUUUGCAGUAAAUGUGGGUGGUGGGGAGGGGAAGGGGCUUGUAAAGAAAAGUAGGAAAGGUGGGGGUUCUGAAAAUGGAUUGCUGGAAGUUAAUGUGGGUGGGAGUUGGUUUAUAUUAAUGUCCAUGCUGGAGAGGGAUGCUCGAGGGGAAGCGGUUACUGUUAAUGGGCCGAUGUUUGUUGAGAUGGUUGUGAGGAUGGAGAUAAGAGAGAGAGGUGGUGGUCUGUGUAGGAAGAGAGGGGAUGGACAAAAUGAGGGGGUUGAAGUAAAUGUGGGUGGUGGGGAGGGGAAGGGCUUGUAA